AUGCUCCAGAACGUCGCCCGGCGGGUCGAGGCGUAUGGGGGCUGCCCUGAUGACCUUGCCGAGGAAUCAUCCCUGUCGGAGAUCCUCGACUCUAGAGACCACUACGGCAUGGGGCCCAAGAACCUGGCCAGCUUCGAGUUUGACAAGGUCAAGAUCCUGCAUCGGAAGGUUCACGUGCGACCCAUUCGGCGCGAGCUCCCUCCUGCAGCCCUUGGCUACCUCAGACACUCAGCCGAUCUGAUCGAGAUGGAUGAGACGGAGCUUGAGAAGGAUCGAGCCGAGAGCGUGGCGUCCUCGCCCUACUGGGGCCCCAAGCUUCGGCGCUCGCGAGACCUACGGAGGCGACUGUGCCAGCGCUUGUGCCAGCAGGGCCUGCUGACCUGGCGCCGGCGGCUGAAGGGGCGCGCGGGCAUCUUCGUGGUCAAAAAGAAGGAUGGGCUGCAGAGGCUGAUCAUUGACGCCCGAGCGGCCAAUCGGGCGCAUCGCCCGCCACCUACCACGCGACUGGGGUCCUCGCGCUGUAUGGCUGACCUGGACCUCUCCGACCCCAGGCUGAAAGCCUCCGGCUUCGGCGGCAUCGGCUCGGGGCUUGCGGCUAGCCCGCGCGGGGAGGAGGGCGACGUCGGGGACUGCUUCUACAACUACACCGUCCCCGAGCUCGCCUCCCGGUUCGGCUUCGAGGACCGCUUCGACACCCACGAGCUGGAGGAGAUGGGGCGCCGGCCGGCCAUGAUCUGGGACGACGCCGAGGGGGCGGAGACCAAGGUCGAGGACGGCGAGGUACUCUACCCAUGCAUGGCCGCUGUCUGCAUGGGCUGGUCGUGGGACCUCUUCUUCGCCAAUGAGGCCGUGACUCACCGUGUGGAGCGGGCCCUGGGCGGAGGUGCUGACCAGAUCAUGUGUGAGAUGCAGCCUGCUCCAGUGAUGAAGCCUGGCAAGUGCGUGGCCGGCGUGUACGUGGACAACGUGCAGGUCGUCGGUGGCUGCGCGGGCGACGCCUGGAAGCAGAUGCACGAGAUUGAGAAGAGCUUUUGCGAGGGCAACAUGCCUUUCGACGUGGGGCCCCGCGACGAGUUUGAGAUGCAGUCACUGGGCCGGGCCAUGUCCGCGCUGAACGAGUGCUACCGCUUCGUCGAGGAGACUCUAGAGGUGCCCAUGCGCGUGUGGCCGUCCGGGAAGUCCGAGAUCCGUUGUGCGAUGAACCUCCCCUUCCUGAUGGAGGCCGACCUGGGCGCCCGCCUCUCCAGCGAGGUCUACUGCGGGGAUUCCUCCACCCGACGCUACGCCCUCCACGUGACGAAGGCCGAGCCCGACGAGUUGCGCGAGGCCUGGAGAUGGAGAGAGCGCUGGCGCUACCGCGACGUCCCCGUGCAGGAGGGCCACAUGACCGACGGUCUCGGCUACGUGCGGGGCGUCGCGCCCGGCCUCGCGGCGGGGCUGCGCACGGCUUUCGGCCAGGCCCUGCGGGCCCGAGCCGACGACCUGCGUCUCGGGCCGCCUCCAGCGGCCACGCCGCCGCGGCGCCCUCGGGCCAAGGUCGACCUCGACGGGGGGAUCCCUCGCCUGGCCGACGGCCGGACCGGGCGGCAGCGCUGCCAGUUCGUAUCGGCGGACCGUUGGCGCUGGCAGGAGGAGCACAUCAAUUUGAAAGAAGCUCGGGUGGCCUUGAUGGGGCUGCGGCGUCACUGCCGCACAGUGGGGCGGCUUGGCUCGAAGCUGCUCACCCUCGGCGACAGCCAGGUGGCCGUGGGGGCCUAUGAGAAGGGCCGCUCCAGCGCAGGGCUGCAGUCGUUGUGCCGGCGAGCUGCGGCCUACCGCCUCGGAGGGCAGAAAGCAUGGCGUCUUCGCUGCAUCGAGACGGAUCGGAACCCGAGCGACCAGGACUCGCGCCGCUGGGGCGCCAAGCGAGUGACGGGGACGGGGCGCUCGCCGCCCGGGCCGGGCGCCGCCCCGUCCCGCGGCCAGGGGCCGGACAGCGCGCCUGCUGGCGCGCCGAGCUCGGCAGUCUACCAGCCGGGCUCCGAGGGGGGUUGCUACUGGGGCGUCGAGAACCCCAGAACUUCGAGGCUAUGGAAUUUCGAGCCCGUCGCUCGACUUCGUGGGCUGCCCGCCGUCGUCGAGGUGAAUUUCGAUAUGAGUAUGUUCGGGGCACCCUAUCGGAAGCCUACUCGGAUCCUGACGAACGUGGGGGCCCUGAGGGCCCUGGGGGAGCGGCCCCGUAUCCCGCGCAAGCACGCGGUCAUGCUGCGCGGGCACCUCGCGCCCCAAGCUGCUACAUAUCCGUCACCAUUGGGCUCAUGCUGGGCGGACAUCCUGGUGGCCGCGCCCCCCCGUGGAGCGCUCGCCCGCGCCGGCGGCUUCGACCCUCAGGAGCUCCGGCAUGGCCUCCUCCGGGCGGCGGGCCGUCAGCCAGCGCAUGGAGGAGCGGCGGUGCUCAGCGAGGACAACGGGCUCUCCCACGACGUCUGCAAGGCCGCCGACAGCUUCCUCGGGGCGGACCCCGUCAUCCAGUUCGGUCAGGACAAACGACCUCAGCGCUGGCAGGCCCACGCGCACUGGCAGGCGGCCGCCGCCAGACGCGACGCGCUGGUCAUGGCGACGGUGACAAACGACACCCUCGAGCGGUGCGCAGCGGCGGUGCACGAGUUCGAGGUCUACGCGAGGGCCAAGAAGCUCGACCUGCAGCCGCUGAGCCGCCUCGACAACUCCCUGUCCCAGUGCUUCGUGGACCUGUUCGACGGCGGCUUCGGCGUGGGGGAGGGCCGCAACACCUUCUACGGCUACAGGCUCCUGCGGCUCAAGACGACCGGCAAGGUGGAGCUCCCGAAGGCGCUGGCCUCCCUGAAGGGUUGGGCCAAGCGGGCCCCGGGCCGCGUGCGCCUGCCGCUGCCCGACAUCAUCGUAGACGACAUCGCGCUGGACCUGGUGGAGCGCGACCUGCCGCUCAUGGGCGCCGCAGUGGUGCUCGAGACGGACGCCUACCUCAGGCCCUCCGAGACGGUGGAACUCCGGCAGGGCCAGAUCCUGCCGCCCGCGCCAGCCGCGAGGCUCGGCGAGCACUUUGGCGUGGUCAUCGCACCUUCCGAGUGGUGCGAGACGACAAAGACGGGCGGCCAGGACGACAGCAUGCUGAUCAGGGACGUGGCGCGUCCGUGGCUGGCGAGCGUGAUGAAGCUCCUUUUCAAGCCCAAGGCGCCCGACUCCCAGAGGCUGUUCAACUUCGCCCUGCUCGAGUUCGAGCGCGAGGUCAAGCGCGGCUCGGACCGCCUGGGCUACGCGCCCCUCAAGGUGCGCCCUCGCGUUUUCAGGCGCAGCGGGGCCUCGAACGACAAGGCCCACGGUCGCCGGACGUUGAGGGAGAUUCAGAAGCGCGGCCGCCGGGCAUCCAUCGUCCGCGUCG